CAGUCCUCAUGCCUGCCAUGGCUGCCACCGGCUUCACAACCCCUUCUGUUCUAAGAAAAGCGCUUCACUCUUUUUUACCUCUUCGCCUCACUCACAUCAACAACACGCUCUUCUACUAUAAAAAUCUUCGCUCUUUUCCUCUCUCAACCCAUCUGAAUUCUUCAGGUAUAAAUCAUGUAUCUCAGGGUAAUACUCAUUUACUUCAACGUCAGAAACAUCUUCAGGGAUGUGUCACUUGGCACAAGCUAUGAAGGGGGAUGCUAAUUCUUUACUCAAAGGAGUAGCAGACAGAAGCACUAUUGAAGCUGUGAAACAUAUUCUUGAAAUGGCAAAACGAGCAUCAGCAAGGAGAGAAGUUCUCCACACUGAUUUUCUUACUCCACCAGUACUGAAGGAAUCAAUGAUAGUGUUGGAAAAGCUAGCUGACAUGAAAGCUGUUGCACAGGGAGGAUACCCUCAGGCUGAGCGUUGCCGACUUUCAGUUGGACAUUCAGAGGUAUUGACAACUGCUCCAGAUAUAGUUGCAGCAUUGCGUAUCACAGGAAACUUUGGGUUUCAAUCUUGUUCUCAUGGUGACUUCCUUGGCGCAAUUCUUGGUACAGGGAUUGCUAGGGAAAAGCUUGGGGAUAUCAUCCUGCAGGGAGAAAAAGGGGCUCAAGUCCUGAUUGUUCCAGAACUUGUUGACUUCCUUGUAUCAUCCCUAGAGAAGGUUGGCAAUGUUUCAGUCUCUUGUACAAAGAUGCCGUUGCUUGCUCUUGAAUAUGAAGAGCCAAGGACUACAACAUUCAAAACCAUAGAACUAUCACUAAGGGUUGAUGCACUAGCUAGUGCAGGGUUCAAGCUUUCACGAUCCAAACUAGUUGAUUUGAUCAGUAAUGGGGAUGUUCGUGUUAACUGGACCACCGUGACGAAAAACGGAACAACACUCAAGACUGGAGAUGUUGUCUCAGUUAGUGGAAAGGGAAGACUAAAGAUUGGAGAGAUAAACUCGACAAAGAAGGGAAAGUACGCGGUUGAGCUCAUUCGAUUCCUAUAAGCUUUUGCACCCACCUGGUGCUGGUUGUGAUAGGCGCAGUUAACACCUGACAUUCGGGUCCGGUUGGAGAGUGUGAAAGACUCCAUCAUGAAAGGUUCCUCGGUUAUCAAACGAACAUGUAAAAAAGUCAUUUUUCAUAUAGAUGGAUUACUUAUUUUCCCUCAUAAAUGGGGGUUUCUUUUCUUUGUUGGAAGCCGAACUGGUUCCAUAGGUUAUCAAGGCAAAAGUUGCAAUUGACUGAACAAUCAUUUAGAAGCUUCAAAUUGAGUUUCUCUUCUCUGGUAAUAAAUUUUGAUGGUUCAUUUUGGAAGUGA